AUGCCUAGACCGCCGGGGGCACAAUGCUUCUCACAGGAGACUUUCCUUACGAUAUCAACAUUCAACGGUGUGACAAACAUCAUCACAGAUGCCAUCUUCGUCGUUUUACCCGUCCCUAUGAUCAUCGGUCUGCAGGUCAAUAUACGAACCAAAAUCUCUUUAAUACUUAUCCUCAGUCUCGGAUUCUUCGCUUGCGUUGCCUCUAUCGUGCGGGUAGUAAUCGGAAUCCACGUCUUCGAAGACCCGGACUUUUUGUGGAAUUAUUCCUUCUUCAUCUGGAACUAUGCCGAACUGCAUACCGGCAUAACAGCAGCGUGCCUGCCGGCCCUCCGCCCACUCUUCGCGUCGAUCCUCGAGAGCACGAGUCGGCACCUGCGGUCGGCGGGCUACGUCGGCUCGCGGUACGGAAACAAGUACGGCACGAACGGUGUGACAUCGCGAAGUACGCGCAACGGAUACCUGAGGCAGGAGGACGACGCCAUCGGCCUCGACAGCUUGCGCAAGACCGGCCGGCUCGAUGACAGCAGCAUGUACAAGGCGCGUGUAACAAGCACGAACAAUGGCGGGAGCGGGCGCAGAGCUGGAAAUGAUGACGACAGCAGCGAAGAUGGCUUGAUCCUCCAGCCGACGAAGGGCGCUAUCACGGAGCGGACGCAAAUUGUAGUCUCAGAAACUUCGCCUGGGGAUCGAUUUUGA